AUAAUGUCUAUCCGCUUUUAUUAUUGCUAUUUCAAAGCCCGCUUCAGUAACGUAAGGCACGUAUUAGCCGCAACGUUUACGCAAAGGAAAAUCUACCAAUCACAGCGUGCAUAAGUGACCUUGAAGUGCUCAGCCUCUGCAUAAGCCAUUUGUGCCGCUAUCCUAUCUCGUAGGUGCUAUCGGGUUCUGUUUUGUGUGGUUGUGUUUGCGUCGUUUGCCAGCAUAUGUGAUGACUAUAAAUGUAAAUUUUUACUAUUCUAACGCUUUGAUUUUCUUUAUUUGUGCAUGUACUAGGCCUGGUUUGUCCAACACUCCGUUGUUUGGCCUAUCGGUUGCUUGCGAUGUCAACGAACCGUUCGUUGCAGGUAGUCAAUUCGAGUGAAAGGAGAGCAGACGUAAGUGGAAUUUUCGGUGAAGUAAUACUUGGAAGGCGUUUCUUCAGCUGGGACGAAUUUGAGAAGUCGUUAGCAGAAUUUCAAAAAUUGUCCUGCACUCACUAUGUUCAUACCAACAGCAAAAAAAUACCGGAUGACAGAUUUAAGUACGCUUACGUUGGUUUUAAAUGCAGUUUUGGAGUGAAUCGUACAGGACCUGGGUUGAAAUUGAAAAACAAGCCGUCUAAGUGUUGCAAUUGUACGUCUUCAUUUCGCGUGGUAUUGCGUUUUAGUGAAUACAUAAUUGCUUCCCACAAGAUGGUACAUAAUCAUCCAUGCAGCAGGGUGUACAUGCAGCAUGACCCCUGGUUUAGACGACUAACGGUGGAAGAGAAAGAAAACGUGGAACUACUCCUUCAGCAAUCCCAUUCAUCCGAUGAAAUAAUAAUGCAUGUUAAGGAGAAGUUCCAGAAGGAUAUAACUCGUACCGACGUUAAAAAUAUGAAAGCCGCAGUUAAUAAAGUCCCCUACAGAUUUAUUUUGCUUCCAUGGUACGUGCACAACAAAUGGUUGCUGAUUACUCACUCGUGUACACUUAGUAAAACUGAUGACUGGCCACAUUCUUCUGGAUAUCAAUAGCGAGAAUGUUUUCCAACGAUAGAUCAUAAGAAAGACGUACACAUAGUGUACUACAAAUGCAAUGAGUUAAGUUGUUUCUAGUCAAUAAGAUGAAUAUUAAAGUAGAAAGUUGGUUGAAGGUGAGUUUAUUGGCAGAGUGGUUUAUAAUGGUGAGACAGUUGUCACUUUCAAUGCAAUAUUUAAAGGUAUUUCAGAAGUUUCUCAAGGAAAAACUAGCGCAAACUGCUACUUUAUGAAUUCACUACAUAUUUCCUCUAAGAUUUUCAAUUCAUUAUCUCUUUAGACAAUGUUAUUCUUUACUUCUUAUUGAUAGGUGUUCCGAAAAUUAUCAGUGGGGACUAAUAAUUCAGUAUAUGAUGGUAUCUUGCUAAUAAAAGCCAACUAAAACCUACAGAAUAUACUGGUGUAACAACAGAAGACAAGGGCCAGGCAACAGAUCGUUUUAUUAUGAAAAUCAACACGUAUUUAUACAUAUUUCACAUACAUUAUUAUAGUUUAUGCAAGUAGACAAGCGCAGUUAUCUGAUUGGUUGUUUAUCAGAAGUUAGGCAGACAAACGCAGGCUUCUGAUUGGUUGUUUCGGGAUUCCUCGACAAAUAGAGUUCUCUAUCUGCGAAUCAUAUUUUGCCAAGUUAACUUUGCUGUGAUUGGUUGUUGAAUCAGCCCUGCUCAUAUUCUCUCACGGCCUGCUCUCACCACACUGGGACUACUAAACUAAUGUCGCUAUUCAUUGAGUGUGUAUACAAGUAAUAGCAAACACAAAUAUACCUCGUUUUCAUUUCCACCUACUUGGAUAGGUAGAAUGGAGGUGGACAAUUACGAUUUGAAUAUUCUCCGGUAGUUGGUUUCAUACGAUUUCAUAUUAUGUGUUAAGAGGAAUGGUGUAACCGUAUUAAAUGUUACUUUUGGUGCUGUUUUAUGGGAGUUUCAGCAAAUUUUUUUUACACAGUUGGAAUAUCUGUCGUGAUAUUCCCUUUUAAUAUAUGUUUAAAACUUGGACACUGUGGUAGGAAGUAAUUCCAUAUUAGUUUAUUUAUUAGAUGUAUCACACAAUGAAACAGUAUUAUUGACUGGAUGAAUUUUCGAACACAAUUUAUUGUUCAUAAUCAUAAUACUUAUAACCACACAACUUCGAAACUUGAGUUUUAUAGUUUUCUUUGUUCCCUCCUAUUUGUCGUCGUUGUGGUAGUAGAAUUUUCCAGAUAUCUGGGACAGGUGUUGAAUUAUUCCUUUUAAACGUAUUUGCAGUUGAUUCGAUAAACAAAGCUUCCGUUAUCAAUCUCUCCCUCCACCCUGUAUGGUUCUAUGUAAUUGCAUGUAGUGCUACCUACGACUGAACUGUUCUCUAGAUUUUUUAACUUAUUCGGAUCAACUAAUCUAGAUUUUGCUAGGUUUUUGUGCUCGGCUAAUCUGACUGACCUUGUUCUACUAGUUUGAUCUAUGUAUUUGACCUGACAAUCAUUCCAGUAGUGUGGGAGAUAAACUAAAUUGUUUUGUCUUAUUGGUUCCACAUGAUCCUUUAGCCGACAAAGCUUGUUUCUAAUUGAGUUUGUUGGUGGUUUGAAUGCCAGCCACUUUUAUUCCUGCCUUGUUAAAAAUUCUGCGUAAGGUUUUCAAGGUCCCUUCUUUGCAUGGAAUUACUACUGGUGAUUUAGAUUCCUUAUUGUUUGUGUCAUCUUGCGCAUGUUUGACAUGCAUGUCGUCGUGAUAUUCCCUGUUCUGGGAAACGUAAACAUCCUAUUUAUUCUUUAAACACAUAAAAUAAAAAGUGACUUACAAUAAUUGAUUUGACAUCGUUUUCUUUGAAAUCUAAAUUUGUUUUGUCACUACUUUUAGCUCGAUAUAAUUCCAGAAAAUUCUGAUAGAGUGAUAUUGCUUGUUUUGCAAGAUCAUUAGAUUUACGUGCAUAGUGAUUGGCAUUUUGAUCAUUUUUUUGUACAAGCUAUCGGAGAGUAGACGAAAUUAUUUAUAUAAUACUCAAAGGGCAAAUUAGAGGUGAAUAACUCGUAAAAUGACCUUUCUCAAAUUUAAAAAAACCCACUGUCUCUUGCAGUAUAAAAUACAGCUUCGGGUAAGAUGUAUGAACACACAGAUUCAGCCCACUUACAAUGUUUCAAGCAGACGAAAGAAACAAAACACAAUAAUGAAGUAUCCCAUAACCCUGGCAAACUAGACUAUAUUCAAGUAUUGAUGUGGUGAGAGCUGUCUGCAAGAUUGUAAACAACAGUCUACGUCUAUGUUUACGUCCCGAAUCGAGGUCAUGAGAAAACACAAGAACAAAGCUUAACCUUGAGGAACUUAGCAACCAAUCACAGCAAACUUCACUUUUGCAAAUACGAUUCGCAGAUAUAUAGAUAACAAUGUAAGCAACGGUCACAAACAGUAAAGAAUAACCUUCAACAAGAAAAACCAAUUAGAAGAUGUUGCUUCUCCACUAAAAUAACGAAUAAUAAUGUACAUAAAAAUCUGUAUUUCUUGGUUUUUUCAAUAAACGAUCUGUUGCCUGGCCC